CCCGCCGGGCUUCCGUCUGCCGACAGCGGGCGUUCCCGCCGCCAUUUUGAGCCCGGGCGGGGGGCGCAGCUCGGCUGGCCGCCAUGGAUACAGAUGAUACAGGAAAUCGACUUCGGUUCCAGCUGGAGUUGGAGUUUGUUCAGUGCCUAGCAAAUCCCAAUUAUCUCAACUUUCUUGCACAAAGAGGAUACUUCAAAGACAAAGCUUUUGUAAACUAUCUUAAAUAUUUACUGUAUUGGAAAGAACCUGAAUAUGCAAAAUACUUGAAGUAUCCUCAGUGUUUGCAUAUGUUAGAGCUGCUCCAGUAUGAACACUUUCGCAAAGAACUGGUAAAUGCUCAGUGUGCUAAGUUUAUUGAUGAGCAGCAGAUUCUUCACUGGCAGCACUAUUCACGGAAGAGAAUGCGCCUGCAGCAAGCACUAGCAGAGCAGCAGCAACAAAACAACACCUCUGUAAAAUGAAAAGCACUUGGAAGAGCGAUGAUAAUGUAUACUUUGCAUUAAUCCAAGUAUUUACAAGAAAGGAAUGAAGUCUUUUGUCUUUUGUAGGUUUUGCUGUGUGUAUACACUUAAUGUGUGAUGUCAAGUGACUUUGUCUUUCACCAGCUUGUAACAUGUUUCAGUCUCCUAUUGUAAAAAUCUACUGCCAUUUCUUUUGUAGCAUGGGCAAUCUUGUUAAGAGUAUUACUUACAGUAUUUGUUCCUUUUGAAAACCAAGCCUAAUUUUUGAAGGCACUGACAUUGUUGUAUCAACAAAAAAUGUAGUUCAGAAGCUUCUACAGUGCAGGCACGUUUUGUGGAGAACAAUGAUAUGUCUCCGAGCGUCAUGACUAAGAUGUACUGCUCUUUAUGAGCAAAGCUGAAGUGAUUAUGGUUGUUGCACAAAAUUGAAUUUGUAAUUUUCUGCCUGGAAACAAAGCUGAGCUAUUACUUGUC